AUGGCACUCCCAUUAUUCUCUUCGCCAUCCUCAGUCCUCCGCUUAGGUCUAGGCCUCGGCAUUGGGCUUUCCGCCGCAACUCUCCACCCUCUCUCCCCCUUCAGAGCUACCCCAAUUCAAUGUCAAUACGCAGCACCCUCCACCUCUCAGACCAGCUCUGAGACACCAUGGGCAGUCUAUCCCAAUGACCAUUUCGCACAAAAGCAGAGCAUCACUUCCAAAUCUCGAAGCGGUUUCUUGACGGCGAGUAAUAUGCGCCAACUUAGCUUAGGUAGUGUAUUGGGUCUUGUUGCAGGUGUUGGAUUGAGAGCUUUUUCGAGAGUUCUUGUAGUUGUGCUGGGAAUGGGAAUUGUGUUUGCUGAGUGGGCGGCCUCCAAGGGAUAUAACAUAAUUCCUGUGAAUCAGAUUCAAAAAUUGGUGAAGAGUGUCGAUGUGCAGGGUGUUUUGUCUAAGCAAAGGCCGUUCAAGAUAAGCUUUGGGCUUAUGAUGGCGCUGGGGGCGUUUGCGCAUUUCUAG